UAACCACAUGCGUUUUUCACUUGUGCGCGCUUCGGUCUCGAUGAAGAAGAUGAAGCAGGGGAAGGACCGGAGAGGGAAGAAGAAAGGGGAAACGGCGAAACGUCCGAGUGCGCCCGUCUUAUCAUUGGAGCUCGCAUGUUGGAGUUGUCGUUGCGGAAAUUGAGGAGUUAUGCCGAGCCGGGAUUUUCUGACCGCUGCGACUUCUAGCUCGUUGUUUCCAGUGUGCUAGGUCUUCCGGGUGCUGGCAGAAGGUGAAGGAUGGGACAGGAUGUGAAAUGUCAGCACACGGCUUUCCCGUGCUGUUAUGGUGAUGACGCGACACUAAUGGUGAUGUGCAUCCUGCAGCGCCGAUCCAGCUCCUCAGUCAGAAUAGUUGGUGCUUGCAGGGUUGUGACAGGUCGCUGCGGUGUUUGUCGGCAGCGGAAUUGCACUUUUCCACCGUAAGGUUGACGAUGAGAGUAACACCUCGACAAACCCACAAUGGAGAUGCCCAACUGCGGUGCUUCGAAGUUGACCCGUCUCUUUCCUCCGUUCUCACUCUCACUCUCACAAACACAAUCCCUCUCCUUCCUCCUUUUUGCCGCUUGCCCCUGCUGUCCCUGUGUCUGUUGCUGCUGCUGCUGCUGCUGCUGCUGCUGCUGCGACGAUAUGUGUUGCGGUCGUCCAUCCCAAUCACUGCUCUUUUUCCUCCCAUCCCUUCUCGCGCGCGCGUCAAAGCUGUGUCACGACUAAUUCCCUGGGGCCCAAAACCCUCCUUCUCCCACCAGCAUCCCCAUUCUGCAACUUGCCGACUCCACUCACUCAUAACACUCACCUCGGAACGAUAUAUCAGGUCUCCACUCCUGAGGCCGGGCCUGCUGUCCGCCGGUUGUCCAAACGACUCGUCCGCUCCUUGCCGCAUGCAAUCGCGACUCACGCACUCACGCCUGCGCGUCCACAGUCCGGCGACGAGCAGGGGGACUCUCAACGUUGCACUCCCUAAGCGACCAAACGGUGAAGAGCAGAACGUUAAUCGGGAGCGAACCCGGCGAAAAAGUGUUUUCCGCUCAACCUCGUCUCUCCAGCUCAUUUCGUAUGUUUUUCGCUACGAAAGGGACAAACCAACCUUCCACAGAUAUCACCACGUCCUUUCUUCCCUACUGCUUGUCCUCUUGUGGUAGAUGUAAUGCGAUGAUGAUCCUAAUGAGCGCGCAGAUUUGGAUUUUGGAAUGAGUGUCGCAAUCGCUUGGGGAGUGGGCCUCUUCCUCAAGAGGUGACGAGGAUCAGAGUGUCAAAAUGUGGUUUCACGAGCGU